CAUUUCUUGUAUCGUACUUAACGUGUUAAUUUAUAAUAACUCAAAACAUGGAAAAGUGCGUUUAUCCAUUCGCCGAAACGGACGAAAGUAGUGAAUUAUACGAUAAAUUUGCUACUUGCGACAAUGAUUUUGAUAGGAUGAAAAUUGCUUAUCAAUUUAAUCCAAGUUUUGUAAAAGCAAAGAAGAACUUUAAAAACGACACCUACUCGGAACAACACCGCGAAAAAGGCAACAAGAAAUUCGCUGAAACUAAAUUUAACGAUGCUCUCCUCCAUUAUAAUGUAGCUAUUCGAUAUGCAGUUGUUGGUAAAAAUCUAAGCUUAGCCUACUCGAAUCGGUCGGCAGUUCUAUUUCAAAUAGAAGAAUAUGAAUGCUGUUUAAGAGAUAUCAACAUGGCUCUAGAAGUAGGAUAUCCGAAAGAACUAGAAUAUAAGCUAUAUUAUAGAGCUUGCAAGUCUUACAAGGCUUUAGGUCUAAAAGAUAAAGUAAAAGAAUGCGUGAAAAAGUUUAAAAAGUCCUUGGAUGGCAUUGAAAUGAAAGGUGAAAAAAUUGAGAAGUUAUUAAAGGAUUUAUUAGCUAUUACUACUCAUAAACAAGACAAUUAUUCGCACCUUUUUUCUCGCACACCCAAGAUACAAAUACCUAAUUCGAAGUUCCCUAGUCUAACCCAUGAUGUAGUAGUACAUUAUACGGAAGAGCAAGGUCGUUUCAUAAAAUCUACGAAAGAUCUCGCCAUUGGGCAACUCGUUGCUGUUGAAAAACCAUUUGAAAGAGUUUUAGAUUGCGAUUCUGAAUCCAUGAUAUCCACUCAGGAAGCUUUAAUUAUUAUGGAUUGUUUGGAGACAGCGGGUUACUUUCAUAAGGAAUUGGAUUUGGAUGAAAAGUCUUGGUGUGCAGGUUUAAUUUAUAGGCAGUCUCUCAUUUUUGAGACUAAUGCUGUUGGUACUUAUGAAGCUGUAUUUAAGGAGAAUGAUUCCGCUAUAUCAAUAAAGCAUUGUAAUACAGGUUCAGCAGUCUAUAAUACUCUUAGUUUAUUGAAUCAUUCAUGUUCUCCUAAUUGUUGUUUUGUGUACUAUAACGAUGAUGUUGUUGCUUUAAAAACCAUACGAAGAGUAAAGAUGAAUGACCCAUUGACUAUCGAUUAUGGAACUGCUUUUCAAGAUAUGGAAGCAGAAGAGCGUCAGAAAAAAUUAUGGUGUCAGUACUUCUUUAAUUGCGAUUGCGAAGCUUCUGCUUUUGGAGAGAUGAAACAAAGUUGGAAGUUUAGUAAGAAGAAUGAGCAUAUUAUUUUGGAUUGUAUGAAUAUUUUUGAGAAAUAUACUCUGUGGCCGAAUCAUGAUAUAAAUUUGGGACAAGAUCUUCUCAGAAAAGUCUGGUCAAUAGGAGGAAAACAUUGGAUUGCCAAAUUUUAA